AUGUUUCUGUGUGACAGGGAUCUCAACCUGUCACCGUCACCUUGUCAACAAGGGGAUCGCCGCAUCUCGUGUCAGGACCUGGGUAACGGUGAAUGCGAAGGAUGGCUGCACAGAAGGCGACCGGUUGUGUCGCUGCUGCAGCCCAGCAAGUGGAUGAAGCGAUGGUGCGUGCUGAAAGAUAGCAACAUGUUCUGCUACAAGUGCAAAGAUGACAUCGCGGCGGAUUCCGUCAUCUUCCUUCCGGGGUUCAACGUGUCGCCAGCUCCCGAGAUCAAGACCAAGAAGUCUGCUUUUAAGAUUCACCACAAGGGUGCAGCAUUCUACUUUGCCUCUGAUCGACAAUCCGACUUGAGCAAGUAA